AUACGCGCAUGCGUGGACCGAUCGGGUGCUAAAGCAAGAUAGCGUCUGACGGAGAAGUCCUAAACGCGGGCAUUAUAUUUCUGUAUUCUUACAUAUAUGUUGUUUAAUAGAGUACACACGGCUAAUAAUUGUUUGUAGUCGGAUACAUUAGUCUGAGCGCAGUUUGACACUUCUCCUGUUUGAUAGCUUCGCUUAAGGUAGCUUGCAGCUAGUUUAGCUGGCUAGUUAGCUUAGCUUGUUAGCUGCUAACAAAGAGACGCGGAAGUUAUUUAAACAUCGUUAAGUAGGGAACUAAUGUGAGUGUAAAGUGUUGUGAUUGUGUGAAAAUUUGCGAAAUAACAAUGGCAAAGUAUGAGGAGGAAUUUUGGCCAACAAAAGAGGAGAAGGAGCGACAACGUCAACUACUGGAUGUUUAUUAUAAGAAACAUCAUCAAGUUGUGUUACACAGAACAGACGUCCAGCAGCCCCCCCACAUUAAAGAAGAAGAUGUGGAUUCACAGCCCCCCCACAUUGAAGAGGAGGAAGUUUGGAUCACUCAGGAGGGAAAUUGUCUUCGAGGGCAGGAAGAGGCUGAUCUCAGCAAGUUUCCACUGACUGUUGUCUCUGUGAAGACUGAAGAGCAUGAAGACAAACCACCUGAGUCCUCACAGCUUCAUCACAGUCCAACCUCAAACAGUCGGACUCCAAACUCAACUAUGGCUAAGACCAAAGAGCUGUCGAAGGACACCAGGAAAAGAAUUGUAGACCUGCACCAGACUGGGAAGAGUGAAUCCACAAUAGGCAAGCAGCUUGGUGUGAAAAAAUCAACUGUGGGAGCAAUUAUCAGAAAAUGGAAGACAUACAAGACCACUGAUAAUCUCCCUCGAUCUGGGGCUCCACGCAAAAUCUCAUCCUGUGGGGUCAACAUGAUCAUUAAAACGGUGAGCAAAAAUCCCAGAACCACAUGGGGGGACCUAGUGAAUGACCUGCAGAAAGCUGGGACCAAAGUAACAAAGGUUACUAUCAGUAACACACUACGCCGACAGGGAAUCAUAUCCUGCAGUGCCAGACAUGUCCCCCUGCUUAAGCCAGUGCAUGUCCAGGCCCGUCUGAAGUUUGCCAGAGAGCACAUGGAUGAUACAGCAGAGGAUUGGGAGAAUGUCAUGUGGUCAGAUGAAACCAAAAUAUAACUUUUUGGUAUAAACUCAACUCGUCGUGUUUAGAGGAAGAAGAAUACUGAGUUGCAUCCCAAGAUCACCAUACCUACUGUGAAGCAUGGGGGUGGAAACAUCAUGCUUUGGGGCUGUUUUUCUGCUAAGGGGACAGGACGACUGAUCCGUGUUAAGGAAAGAAGGAAUGGGGCCAUGUAUCAUGAGAUUUUGAGCCAAAACCUCCUUCCAUUAGUGAGAGCUUUGAAAAUGAAACGUGGCUGGGUCUUCCAGCAUGACAAUGAUUCCAAACACACCGCCCGGGCAACGAAGGAGUGGCUCCGUAAGAAGCAUUUGAAAGUCCUGAAGUGGCCUAGCCAGUCUCCAGACCUCAACCCCAUUGAAAAUCUGUGGAGGGAGUUGAAAGUCCGUGCUGCUCGGCGACAGCCCCAAAACAUCACUGCUCUCGAGAAGAUCUGCAUAGAGGAAUGGGCCAAAAUACCAGCGACUGUGUGUGCAAACCUGGUAAAGACCUAUAGUAAUUGUUUGACCUCUGUUUUUGCAAACAAAGGUUAUAUUACAAAGUAUUGAGUUGAAUUUUUGUUAUUGACCAAAUACUUACUUUCCACCAUAAUUUACAAAUAAAUUAUUUAAAAUUC